CAGAAAUAAAUAUAAAGCUUUUGUUUACUUGAUGACUAGACAUAAUUUACAAUAAUUCUUCUUUAUAUCAAAUUAUUGAAAGACGUAACAUAUUUCUAAUUUUCCCCAAAAUUAAAAUAUCAAUUUUACCGUCACUAAAUUCAAAACAUUGUUGAAAAAAUCAUUUGAAAAUAACCACGUGUUAUAAACAUGAUGUCGAAAGCAAUUCGGAUCUCAGUGAAUCUGUUAUCGCGGGUGUUAUUGACUCUCGCUUGCGCAAUGACGAAUUAAGUAGCAGCAUAAUAUCUUUGCUCUUGAAUAAACAUUCAUGUUCAGUAAGUUACUAAGUAGUCAAGUGAAAACAACGAACAAUGAGUUUCGUUUACCACCAUGAUCGCUAGACUAGAGCAUUGUUCAUUGCUUGAAGUUCACGUUGUUUCAUCAAUAAUAUAUCAGUAUUUGAGAUCUCGGUACGUCGUUUAAUCAUCACUCAUAACCAGAAAGAUAAGAAAUUCAUCGACCAAAUGGAUUUUGCAUACUGACUGCUUUCAAUUUCACUGUUAGUGAGGUCAAUUAUAUAUGCCAGUUAAUUCUCAGAAUGGAUAUUGGAUAUUUUGACCCGAAUCUUUUCUACAGUCUUUAAAAAUGCACCGAGCAGCUCGUUACGCUUUUCUUCAAAGUACCUCCACAAAAAGUUGUCGUUUCCUUAUUUUGUCUUCGUUUCGCCAAGGAAAAAUAGUACCCUAUAAAUUAACGGAUAUUGGCGAGGGGAUCCGAGAAGUCACAGUAAAAGAAUGGUUCGUGAAGCCUGGCGACAAAGUGUCCCAGUUCGAUAACAUUUGCGAAGUACAAAGCGAUAAAGCUUCUGUAACCAUUACGAGUCGUUACGAUGGUCUCGUUAAGGUUCUACAUUAUAAAAUUGACGACGUCGCUCUCGUCGGAAAUCCUUUGGUAGACAUAGAGCUCGAGGAGCAAUUGGACAAUGAGAUCAGCCAAGAAGAAAAUGCUCAAGAGCGUCAUCCUCAGGAGAAGCCGGAAAUGGAUCGAGCUUCGAUUUUUCCCAAAGACGUCGUGAUGAGUGGUGAAAACCUCUUAGGAAAGGUCCUAGCCACUCCUGCAGUGAGGAGGAUUGCUCUCGAAAAUAAUAUUAAUUUAAAGGACGUCACACCUACAGGAAGAGAUGGAAGAGUUUUGAAAGAAGACAUACUAGCUCACUUGAAAGGUCGCUUUGGAAAUGCUGAGGAGGAGAAAGAUAGCGGGAAAGUGGCUCCUGUCAAAGAAUACGCCAAGCACAUGUGGAAAACGAUGACAAAAGCUUUGAGUAUUCCGCAUUUCACAUACAGUGACGAUUGCGAUGUGACGAAACUGAUGCUCUUCAGGGAGGAAAUCAAAGGCGCUUUGAAAAGAGAAGGAAUUUCUUUAACUUACAUGCCUUUUUUCGUGAAAGCAGCUUCAAACGCCCUCGAGAAAUUCCCUCACCUAAAUGCUUGGCUCGACGAGGAAUCGCAGUCUGUAAAAAUGGUCGAACAGCACAAUAUAAGCAUCGCAAUGGAUACGCCUGAAGGUUUAGUCGUGCCAAAUAUAAAGAACGUCCAGAAUCUUAGUAUUGUGGAGAUUGCUAGAGAAUUGAACAGACUACAACAGCUUGGAAAAAAGUGUUCGCUCCCUCUCAGCGACAUCACCGGCGGAACUUUCUGCUUGUCCAAUAUUGGAACAAUUGGGGGAACAUACAUGAAACCAGUUAUUUUAUCACCCCAGGUUGCGAUAGGGGCAGUCGGAAAAAUACAAAAGUUACCCCGAUUUGGCGAAAGAGAUUCUGUGAUAGCUGUCAAUCUACUGUCAGUUAGCUGGUCUGCCGAUCACAGAGUUGUGGACGGCGUCACAGUGGCAAAGUUUUCCAAUAAAUGGAAGCACUACGUAGAAAAUCCACUUCUACUGGCAUUAGGAAUUUAAAUUUUUUAGUUAAUUAAAUAUUUUUGAUAAGAAUUCCUCCUAAUAAAGAUGUAUUUUUUAUAAAUGCAUUUUUAAUAAAGAUGAUUA